AUGAUAUCUGACAAGAAGGCUCUGAGGGGAGAUGAAACUGUGGUACUGACCAAGAAGUGCAGUGCCUUAGUCCAAAAGAAGCUCUUUAAAAAGCUGCCUGACCUCGAAAGCUUCCUUAUUCCCUGUACUAUAGGGACUAUCACUUUUGAGAAGGCAUUGUGCGACCUUAGCUCAAGCAUCAAUCUUAUUCCUCUCUUUGUGAUGAAGAGGCUGGGAAUUCAAGACAUGCAGCCUGCUAAGAUCUCAUUGAAGAUGGCAGACAAGUCCCUGAAAAGGGCAUAUGGCAUGGUGGAAGAUGUCCUUGUGAAGGUUGAAAGCAUUUGCCUCCCUGUGGAUUUUGUGAUCCUAGACACUGGGGAGGACAGAGAUGACUCCAUCAUCCUUGGAAGGCCUUUUCUAGCCACUGCUAAGGCCUUGAUAGAUGUGGAAAGAGGAGAGCUAGCCUUGAGGUUGUGGGAGGAUCAAAUCUUGUUCAAGAUCCCUAAUCCUCAGUCUCCCUCUGACAAAGGAGGUACCAUGGUACAACAUUUAGUGUUUUAA